AUGGGGCCCACGGUUUGGAUGACUGUGCUGAUUCCUUGCAACACCCACCUACCAGUACAGUCAAACGCUUUUGCAAGAGUAAAGGCAACGCCGGUGAUGGUACUUCGCGGGAGUAAGUACGAACACCUGCCGUUCUUAGAGCCACCAAGCAUCUGCGAGGACCUGGAUGACUUCAACAAGGAAGAGCUCAGGACGAACGGUCGCCAGUUCCAGUCGAUGGCCAAGAGCAUCUGGCCGGUGGAGUCGGCCCAGGAGCACUUUCUCCCUCGCUUCCUGGAUGUGCUCCGGCCUCCCCACGGCAUCGACUCCGCCACCGCCGUUUGCCACUACGUGGGCUGCUUCCCGUACAUGGAAAGCAAGGCGGAGGAAACGGUCAGCACGCCGAAUUUCUUCUGCGCCCUGCGGAAGGGGAAGAUCCUGGAGCAUGCGCUGUUGCACUGCUCGCUGCUCUUGGGUCUCUCGUUCAAGGCCUACGUGUGCAUGGGCACCAACUUGAAGGACGAGCCUCACGCCUGGGUGGCCGUCUUUGAGGAGGACGCAACCGUUCGCUUCUGGGAGCCGUUCCUCGGAACAGGUUCUAUGCAGCUUCGACGCCGAUUCGCGCAUCCGCAGUAUCUCGUGCCGGGAAAGCGUAGCGUUCGCAGCCUCAAGGAGCCUGAAAUGGCAGGCGAGCGGCGCAGGCGCAGGCGGAUCCUACAGCAAACGGGCGGCAAGCGCCCGAGCCGAGCCAUGCUGCCUGCGGUUGCAGAAGCGGCUUCGCAAGCUGCACCGAAUCCGAAGCGGAAGACGAAGAAGUCGAUGUUCAGGCCCAGUGCAGCUCCCACCGAGAAACCAGAGGGCCACGAGCACGACAUGGUCUAUGCUGAUUUGCUCGAUUUGGGAGUCACCGACCGACCCGAGGAAGAUCGAGUUGAGAAUUCACCUCAUCCCCACUGCGCCGCCUGCUACGCCCUCGUCGGGGGAGCGUAUUUCUACCGGGGUUUCAAGUGCCCGACGUGCGAAGAGGCUGGAACCCGGCACUUGCUUUGCUACAAGUGCGCGGAGGCCGUUUUCGACGACAUCGAUGAAUUGCAGGAUGUGGAGCUGGACAUCCGGGACAAGUUCGAUUUCGAGGCCUACAACUCCUACUUGGAUGACAGCUUGAAUGACUCCAGCACGGUCCUUCCGUACAAGACCGUGGAGGUGGUCUUCAACAACCUGAACAUGUGGAUGAACAUCCAGCAUGCCGACCCACGCUACAUCUUCUGGGACUUGCAGAACAAGGACUACUGGCAUGCCUUCGCACCCAAGGUCGCAGGGCUGCGGCCCUGCUUUUCGGCCUGUCGCUUUCCCAUGGCAGGCCGGGACGAAGGCUGGUGUCAGCAGCAGCGCCGUGAGCUGCUUCAGGAGCUGCGGAAGGUGGUGCAGAUGCAGCGCUCCCACAAGAAUUUGGGAACCCGCUGGGUCACGAGCCCACACCUGCUGCGCUUCUUAGAGGCCGGCCUCCGGAUCCGGGCCGAGUUGGACAUGGAGGGGCACGUGAUUUUCGAUGAUGAGGAGGAUGGCAAGGGCGAGGAGACCAACAAAGUCCUCGAGCUGCGGAAGAACCUUUCCGAUUGGGAGCGCACGCUGGAAGCCAAGACACCUCUGGAGUACAAGUUCAGCGGCAUGCCAAUGCAUUUCAACUACCUGGACGCCGACGAGAUCGCAGACAAAGUCAUGGACCUUUGUCCGUUUCUUCUCACCCGCGACAAGAGUGCCCAAUUUGCCGUGGCUUGCCACCUUGUGCCCUUGCCUGGGGAGGUCGUCUCCAUCUACAUCUAUGCGUGUGAGUUGCACAACUUGGGACAGAUGCAGCUCAAAGAGGAGCGUGAAAAGAUGGCUGCGCCGAAGGACGACCAAGGCAUCACUGUGGCGCAGCUUUUGCGAAACUUGGGCCGAACUCGCAAUUUGGAAGACGAGGAACCGAAAGACAAGGGCACCACGCUGGUGAACAUGAUGCUGCAGGCGGCGAAGGCGCAGAAAGCCAAGGAGGCAGUGGCAGUGGAAGUACCACCCAAGGAUCGCGAGGACGAGGUAGUUGGCGCCGACGUUGAGCCUUCCGAGGCAGCCCCGUCGCGCAGCGUCACUCCGCGAUCGAGCCGGCUCCCAGCAGAAAUGUCCGGCUUCGCAGCGUCCUUCCACAGCCGCUUUGUGCGCAUUUCGGAGGAUGGACUGCGUGCCGCCUACAUCGGCACGAAGCAGGAAGACAGCUAUGAGCUGCACGGGGGCAUCAUCGGAAAUGCCCCGCUGAAAAGUACAGCCGAAGGCAAGUACUUUGAGGUGGAGGUCUUGCGCACUGGGGAGGGCCACCCCGAUGGGCUUUGCAUCGGCGUCACGACCUCCCGACCGAAGGAUUUGCGAGGGCCGCCGGACACCAUGGACGGGGUACGCAACACCUGGAUCGCGGGCUACGAUGGGCUAAUGUGGGAUCCACUGGAGGCCGACAUGCUGCCCAUCAGCUGGAAUCCUUCAACACUGCGUGCUGGAGACAGAGUCGGAGUGCUCAUCCACCCUGGCGGGGAGUUUGCCGUCUACGUGAACGGCGAGGUGGCUUUUGAGCGGGCUGGUGCUCACGUGCCGUUCGCGUCUCCGCUCUUUGGGGUCUGCGACCUCCUCGGGCAGUGCGAUGAGGUGGGGCUGGACAUCGAUGCGCUCCCGCCCAAGCCUUCAGAGACGAUAGCCACCAGAGAGGACGUGUCGAACAAGGUGACGCCAGCCCAGGCCGAACCUGUUCGCAGUUCCGGAGGAGGCGAGCCUCAGGUGCCCACGGAAGCUUUCAUGUCGGGUUUCGACAGCAAGAAGCUCGGAUACCGAGUGCAGCUCUCGGAGGACCGGCUCGCAGCGACUUACACAGGACAGACUGGGUUGGAGCUUCAUGGCGGGCUCGUCGGCAAUCAUUCGCUGCAAAGACAGGCUACCGGCGGCUUCUACUUCGCGGUGGAGGUGACAAAGGUCCGGGCCGAGAUGAUGGAUGGGCUGACGCUUGGGGUCACCACCACGCCGCCCCACGAGUUGUCGGACAUGCCAGACACCAUCGACGGCGUGCAGGACUGCUGGACGGCCGGGUACGACGGCCAGAUGUUCGACAGCUCCUGCGACCGCUGGACCGAUCUUGCAUGGCAUGGUCGUGACCUGUCCGUCGGAGAUCAGAUUGGCCUUCAGAUCACGCAGGAAGGCCGCAUGUUGCUCUUCCAGAAUGGCAAGCUGGCGGCGCAAGCCCACCAGGGCAUUCCUACCAACGUGCCUCUCUACGCACUCGUCGACCUGCUCGGUGCCACGGAUGGAGUCCGUUUGCUCUUGGAUGCAGCAGCACCCCGAUCGAGCGGCUCUGCAUCAGGGGCAGCUGCAAGCCCACCGGCACUCCCCUCGAUCGAGUUGCAGCCGACGAUGACCGGCUGGUGUAGCGAGAGGCACGGGAAGAUGAUCUCCCUCGCCUCCGACGGGCUCGCCGCCAGCUACGCGUCCAGGUUCCAGGCUUGGGAGUCUCUCCCUGCUGUCAGUUCCUACGAGCACUUCGGUGGCCUCGUCGGCAACGGACCACUGCGGAGCUACGAUGAUUGCUGGUUCUUCGAAGUCUGCGUGGAUGCAGUGCGUGAGGGGCUGGAGGAUGGUGUGGCGAUUGGAGUCACGACCUGCUCGCCGCAGAUGCUUCCAGAGGAGCUUCCCCAGACCAUGGAUGAGAUCGAUCCCUGCUGGCUGCUGGGCUUCGAUGGCAUGGAGUGGGAUGGAGCACAGCUCCUUUGGGGACCUGCUCCCUGGUCCCCGAAGGCGCUCAAGGUUGGUGAUCGUCUUGGGGUCAUCGUGACCAUGGCUGGUGAAUUGCAGGUGUCAGUCAAUGGUGACAUCGUCGUGCAAGCGACGUUUGCACUGCCUACCGAGAGGCCGCUUUAUGCCGUCGUUGAUCUCAUCGGCGCCACUCGCAGCGUGACCCUGAUACCUGAUGCGCAGCCGCCGGUGCUUGACCCUGCUUCGCCUCCGCAAGCCUUCGUCCCCCCAGAUUUGAGUGAAGAUCCUUUCAACGCACCCUCGGAGGCCGGCGACUGCGUGGCCGUGGAAGAUGUGGAGUUCGAAGACGAGGCGCAGGCCGAUCCUGAAGAGCCGCGAGAGACGGAGCGUGUCGAGGACCCGUCAACUCUUGCUGCCGUCAAAGUCUCAGUGAUCCCGCCGGAGGUUGCCGAGCAGGCGUCGAAGGUAAAGCCCGAAGAGGCGGAACAGCAGCUUGUGCCGGAGGUGCCAUCUGGCGCUGCGGAUGUAGUGCUGGGACAGCCUCUGCAGGAAGCUGCAGCGCAGCCAGAAGCCAGGAGCAGUGCGGCUCUGCAGGCCGUGCUGGCCGCGGAAGCUCGCGCAACGCUGCCGGUCGGGGACGAGUCCAAGCCCGGUCCGGCGAGCGGAGUCCCUGUCACCUCCGUGUCGGAAGUCCCCACAUCUUCGGUGCCGCCGGGACAGAGCAGCAACUCUGGUCCGGCAGCUCCCGCAGGCGCCGCGGUGGCAACCAAAGCUGCGACGACGGAGAAGGAGAACGAGCCAUCGAAGCUCAACGUGCCGGCCGCCUCCAAUGGCGUUUCCGCUGUCCGUACUCGCACAGGCCCGAAGCGGAAGCCGGUGAAGGGCGCGCGCGUGCGCGAGGACAUGGCACCGAAGAGUGCGGUCUCAGGAAGCUCCGCGGCAGCGGCCGCGAACGCCUCUCAGGGCUUCCACGAGAGGAAGAAAGGCAAAUACGUGACGGUGUCGCCCGGCGGCCUCCGGGCCCGGCAUCGAGCGCCGGACAUGGAGAUGUGGGGAGGUUGCCUCGGAGCAACGGCGCUGAAGGAGGAGCCGCAUGGGUUCUACUUCGAGGUCCGUAUUGACGCCGUGACCACAGGCAUGCCAGAUGGCCUGGCCAUCGGCGUGACCACGGAUGCCCCAGAUGAGCUUCGCGAGGUGCCCGAGAUACUUGACGCGCUGAAGCAGGUUUGGCUCAUUGGUUUCGACGGCGUCAUGUACGACGGAGAUGACUUCAUUGAUGUCGACUGGCACCCAGCAGAUUUGCGGCUAGGCGACCGAGUUGGAGUGCUCGUCACCCCUGCGGGUCUGCUUAAGGUCUAUGUCAAUGGGAAGUGGCGCGUGGACGGCCCGUCCAAUGUUGAUGUGAGUCGGGCACUCUUCCCAGCAGUUGACCUUAUCGGCAACACGGACGGUGUGGAGUGGAUUCCACAGGCCCGCUGUCCGGCCCACCGGCCAUCGGCCAUGUCGCGUCCCGAGCGAGGCUUCCACCGUGGCUCUUUGGGAAGAGCCCUUCGUUUGUCUGCCGACGGCUGGUCCGUGGAGCAUCAGAGUGGCGAGUCACUCCAUGGCACCGCCUUGGGAGCUGCAUACACGGAGCUUGUGGAGGGAGUUGGGCGCUACUUCGAGGUGCACAUCGACGAGGUCCUUGCGGAUCAGCCCGACGGGAUGGCCCUGGGCUUCACGAGUCACAGGCCUGAAGAGGUCGUCGAGCCUCCCGCGACCUCCGAUGCACUUCGCGAUGCGUGGCUUGCGGGCUUCGACGGGGCCGUUUGGGAUGGUGCGAAGACAGAGUGGCUCCUCAGCAACUGGGACACCCGCAACCUCGCUGCCGGCGAUGCAGUUGGUGCCUUGAUCGAUCCGCACGGGACGCUGCGCAUCUUCGUCAACGGCAGCCAGGUGGUGCGAGGUCCGAAGCUGCCCCCGUCCAUGUGUUCCCCCGAGGCACACCUUUACCCGGUGGUGGAUCUUCUUGGUGCCGUGCGACGACUCUCCCUUCUGCCGAAGGCGACCUCACCAUCGUUGGCGCCGGAAGAGGUGGCGGCGGAGAAGGAGGCCCCGGAGGGCUUCAUGACAGGCUUCCACCUCGAGAAGGUUGGCCCUGCUUUGCUUCUCUCCGAUGAGGGUCACGCCGCCGCACGCCGGCAUGGCCAUUCGCCGCUCCAAGGCGGCAUCCUGCUCGGCAAUGCGCCGCUAGAAGCAGGGAAGGAUGGCAGCGUAGGCUACUCGCUGACUAUCGCGACCCCGGCAGACGCGGGUGAGACCGAGGGCAUGGCCAUCGGCAUCACCACACGGCCACCUGCAGAGUUGACUGCUGUGCCCACCACCGCAGACGAGGUGGAUCCAUCCUUCAUGUUGGGCUUCGAUGGUGCCGGCUGGGACGGCUCUGCCAUGAAGUGGCACUACAGCGAGUGGCAGCCCUCUGAGCUCAAGGCAAACGAUGUCGUCGACGUUGUGCUGGAUUCUUCUCGUCGUUUGAAGGUGUCAGUGAAUGGCGAGCAAAAAGCGGUGCAAACCAUGCAGGUCUCGAACCAGAAGGGCCCUUUCUACGCGCUUUUGGACAUCUAUAGCGCUGGCCUUGGGGUCGCCCUCCGUGCAGCAGCCGUUCGCGACCCAGGCUAG